AGUAAACUGAUUUUCAUUAAAAACAAAUCACCCUUAACGUCAAAUUCGAGUUAAAAGAUAAAAUCGAUUUAUCGCCCAGCCCUAAUACAUCAUUUAUAUUGUCCUGUGAAAACGAUCUGCAGUAUGUUGUAUUAAAGCAGCUCCGCACAUGCUGCAAAUCACCUUCAAUUAAGACCCUCCUACAAGAAUAGCAUCAUCAUGAAGCUCCACCCACAGCAAUUCACCAUAAAUACUGGAAUAUUCCCAUCAGUUCACAAGUGAAGACGAGCAUCGCAUCAUCCGGAAGGGCUGAAAUCAGAAAAUACUGAGUUUAUUAAAGAGGAAAGAGAGAAGAUGAGAGAUCUAGAAUCCUGCAGAAUCAAACACACUGAAGAUACUGAACAACAAACAGAGUUGAUCGAAGAAAAUGAAGAGAAUGAAGAAUUGAGUGAAUCUGAGGGGGAAAAUCAGGCUAUAACUAUAGGAAAACCUUUGAGUUGGUCUCAGACCAAACAGAAAGACUUAAUUAAAAGAACAGCAAAGAAAUCUUUCCCAUGCACUGAGUGUGGAAGGACUUUGAAAAGAAAGCAUAGUCUUGAGCGUCACAUGAGAGUUCAUACCGGAGAGAAACCAUUCAUUUGUGAUCAGUGCGGGAAGAGUUACAAACAGUCAUCAAAUCUUAAGGAACACAUGAACAUCCACACUGGAGAGAAACCAUACAAGUGUUCACACUGUGGCAAGAGAUUCAUUCGGUCAGGAGACCUAAGAACACAUGAGAGGAUUCACACUAGAGACAAACUGUACACAUGUGAUCAAUGCAGCAAAACAUUUUUGAUUGCUUCAUACCUGAGAAAACACCUGAGAGUUCAUACAAAGGAGAAGCCACAUUCAUGUUGUUUGUGUGGAAAGAGUUUUUCAAGUUUACAAAGUUUGAGAGCACAUCGGAAAACACACACUGGUGAGAGAGAGUACAAGUGUUUUGAGUGUGAAAAGACUUUUAUUUUAGCAAGCAGUUUAAAACAGCACAAGAGGAUUCACACUGGAGAGAAACCUUACAAGUGUUCACACUGUGGCAAGAGAUUCAGUGAUUCAUCAAGUCUGAAAACACAUGAGAGGAUCCACACUGGAGAGAAACCGUAUCACUGCACUGCAUGUGGGAAGCGUUUCGGACAUUCAUCUGCUCUACACAGACAUACAAAAAACAUUCACAGUGAGAAACAGUAAGAAAAUGCCUUGAGCAGACGGAAUCUGUUUAUCGCAUGUAUGCAGUGAUCUUGUCAUUGCAAUACGUUUUCUCUCACAAAAUGCUUUCACCAUAACUAACAGCAAACAUAACAUCGACAUGAAUACAGUAAGAGCUUCGUUGUGCAGCAUAAUUUAACGGGGAGUCAGAGACGUUCGGAUCCAUGUGCAGUACUUUAUUUACAGAGUAGUCAAACAGGCAAUGAUCAGAUAACAGCGUCAGGUAUGCAGGGGACAUCCAAAAUCAGAAACAGUACCAGACAAAGGUCGGGGCAGGUGGCAGAGAAUCAAAGGCCAUAUACACAAUCCAAAGUCAAACACGGAAGGAACAAACAAAGGGAAACCACUCGGAAAUGCCAAAAAGAACUAAACAAGACUUUGCAAUAAUUGAAAGUCCAAACAGAGUUUAUAUAGGGGAGUGGUAAUGGGGAACACCUGGUUGUGAUUAGCCAUAUGCAUGGGAUUAUGGGAAAUGGAGUUGGGAAAUACAAGAUGCCAGAGUCUUGAGUGGAGUGCCCUCUGUAGGAGUUCAUGGGCACUCCAGCUGAUGAUCGUGACGCAUAACAGCAUUAUUCAUUAUAACGUCAGUUUGGGCAAGUGUGCAGAUAUACUCGCGAUGUGUGAUUGACAGCUAUAAAGGGAGCUUCUUUGCUCUUUGUAGUUUAAUGACAAUUUAAAUAACAGAUUUGUUUCAUGCUAUGCUAUUAAGAAAAACAAUGUGAAGUUGAUUGUUUAGCCACUGGCUUGAGUCACUGAUGCAUAAACUGUAUUAAAUGAUUUGGAAAUAAAGUCUGUGUGAACUUGAAUAAUAAGCUUCACAUCAGAAAUCACUAAUCAGUCAAUCCCGUCUGAGCUCUCAUUUUCUGAAAGGCACAGCAGGACACCCAGGGCUUGGUUUACACCUAUCGAAAUUUCUAGCCACUGUGGGACCAUAUGCAGGCUAUGGGAACUCAUAUUAAUAUUAAAAAUGUCAUGUCAUGGGACCUUUUAAUGUUCAAAUGUUUAUAUGUUCCAAUGGGUAAUUUUGUAUAUUUUACAUCAUAUACAGUGACUAAAAUAAGUC